AUGCAAUUACUCCCCAUUUUUUUUUUUCUUCAGGUCUCUGUAUUUAUUGGCCCCACGUGUGACUACAGCGUCGCCCCUGUCGCCCGGUACGCCCCCAGGUGGCACAUCCCCGUCAUCUCACCCGGCGCCUUCGCCCACGACAUGUCCGACAAGCAGGCGGAGUACUCCACAUUGACGCGCAUCGGAACGACCUUCAACUCGCUCGCGUACUUCGUCAUCACCAAGGUCAUGGGCGCGUUCCACUGGAGGCGCCUGCAGUUCAUCUUCGACUCGAACGGCCACUCGUCCGUCAUGCCCAGGUUCUGCUACCUGGCCUCGUCCAGCUUCAUCAACAGGGCCAAGGCCAACAGGUUCAACCACGUGGUGAGCAUGUUCAGUGUGGACGAUCUGAACAUCGACCAGGUUCUGAGGAACGGCACGAAGAACGAAUUUGCCAGUGAGUGA